UGAAGACAUCAUGCUUAUUCAGUCAAAACUGUAUUUAAUUAGCUGCUGAUUAGGACACAGUACUGUGAGCAGAGCAGUGACUUCAGUUUAGCUGCCUUCACUUGUUACACGAUUCUCUCCAGCUCUCAGACAUGAAGCUUCUAGUUCAUUUAUCAGUGUUUUUGCUCUUCUGCACUCACAAAAGUUCUGGGAUCAGUCACCCUAAACCAGCCUGUCGUUACCCUCCAUCUCAGUGGUGUCGGUCACUGGAGAUAGCAAUUGAAUGUAAGGUGCAGAAACAGUGUAUGGAGGUAAAUGCCACCAGGACACUUCUUCAAUCUGUUCCUCCAGUGUCUGUCACUCUCUACUAUGAGAGCUUGUGUCCAGCCUGUAGAGUCUUCAUCACCCAGCAACUGUUUCCUACCUGGACCAUGCUGCAGGACAUCAUGACCGUCACUCUGGUGCCCUAUGGAAAUGCUAAGGAGAUUUCAUCAGGGAAUUCUCCUUUUACCUGUCAACAUGGAGAGCCUGAGUGCAGAGGAAAUUUAAUUGAGGCCUGUAUCAUCCAUUUAUCCAAACACUCAGCAUUUCAAAUCAUCUACUGCAUGGAGUCAGCUGCAGAUGUCCUCGGUGCUGCACAGAGUUGUCUUCAGCUCUAUGCUCCCUCUGUGUCCUGGUCGAGUGUUGACUCCUGCCUGACCACAGGCCUUGGAUACAAACUGAUGCAUGCCAACGCCGCCAUGACAAGAGCUCUGAAUCCACCUCACACUCAUGUGCCCUGGGUCACCUUCAAUGGGGAAUACUCCACUGAUUAUGAGGAUAAGGCCAUGUCUUCUCUUUUCCAUUUAGUUUGCCAGCUUUACAAGGGGCCAAAGCCUCCAGCCUGCACCGGAGCCCAGGUCAAACUGGACAGAAGUUUCUGCUGAAGAUGUCAAUCAACUGCAUGCUUUUUGGAAAAACAUAAGGUCAUAAUGUUUAAUAUAUUAUAAGAAACGGCAUAUAAAUCCACAUCUAUGUUGCAUGAUCAGUUAUAUAAAAAGUGUUUGUCAAACAUGCUAAUGUAAUUUCAAAGUCAAAAA